AUGAAGGCUUUCGUGACAAUCUCCAGCGUUUUGGCAAUCGUCGGCCCUUCAACUUGUCAGACUACAUGCACUGCAGACAAUGUCCUCAACUCACUGACUGCAGUCAAGCAUUAUGCAGACAAGAUGCAAUCCGUGACCGAUGGUUCAAGUGGCAACAUCAAUCCUUCUGCGGUGAGCUUGAACCUAUGUGUAAAACCACAUUUUCUUCGUGAGGGCUCCGGCAAACUAACUACGCCUCUGGUCCAGCCCAUCUUCAAAAACUUCGAAGGUCAAACUAAACAUCUUAAUGAGGAUUUGCAGUGCACGUUUGACACGACCCCGAAAGAGCAGUCCGAUAUCUGCAGUGAUUAUGAAAAAUUCGCGACUUCACAGCUGAGUUACCUACACGUGGCUGGUGGCCGCAGUUUCUACGAGAAAAAUGGACACGGAGAUAAUGCUGUCAAGAUGCAUGGGUACAUUUUGCAGGCGCAGGACACCUUAGAGAACUACACAUCUCAAGUCAAAGCUGCAGCUGCUUCGUGUGCGGAUCGCAUUGACACAGCGUACACACCGCUGGGUACGCAGCUUCAAAAGCUGCUAGAGGCUUACCCCGGAACGGCUUAG